AUUAUAAUCAAACAGAAAGAAGUGCAGUUCAAGUCAGUGCCAAACCUUUAAACGAUGAUAUUACAAAUAAUGGUGGUGAUCAAGUCAACAUUAAAUCUUUAGAAAGUGACAUUAAUAAAACAUCUGUACCCAAAGAUUAUAAUCAAACAGAAAGAAGUGCAGUUCAAGUUAGUGUCGAACCUUUAAACUAUGAUAUUACAAAUAAUGGUGGUGAUCAACUCAGCAUUUCUUUAGAAAAUGGCAUUAAUAAAACACGUUUCCAUGAAUCCUGGUAUUGGAUAAAGUUACCUAGUGGUGAAAUAACACGUAGAAAAUGUUUAUCUUACACUAUAACUGAGAACAAAUUGUAUUGUCUUUAUUGUGCAUUAUUUGGUCGUGGAUGUAAAGAAAAUUGGUCAAAAAUCGGAUUUUGUAAUUUUAGAAAAGGAGCAUUCAGUAUAACUGUACAUGAAACAUCUGAACCACAUAUUUUGGCUUCAAUAAAAGUUGCUUACAGAGAAGCUGCGUUUCCAAUCAUACCAUCAUUAAAGGAGGCAGCUGUUGCUAAUGUUGCAUUUAACCAAGAAGUAGUCAGACAUUUGAUUGAUGUAACAUUGUUUUUAGGACGUCAUUCCUUGCCUUUUCGUGGGCAUAAAGAAGGCUGGGACGAAAAUAAUAAAGGGAAUUUUAAAGAUCUUGUGUUACUGUUGACAAAGUAUUCCCCUGCGUUAUCAUCAUAUGCAUCAACUCUCAAGUUAAAAGGUAGGAAAAUAGUGAACUUUAUAUCAUGGGAGCGACAAAAUCAAUUGAUUCUAGCCAUUUCAAAGCACAUACAAGAUAUUAUAAAAAGUGAGAUUACAAAUUCAGUUUUUUUUUGUUGUUCACUAGAUACAACGUUUGAUUUAUCUAAAAAGGAACAGUUAUCUUUAGUGAUUCGGUACAUAAAUCAAGAUAAUGGAAAUGUGUGUGAGAGGUUAAUUGGCAUACGUGAAACUGUUCUAACUUCUGGACAGCAUUUAUUGACAAUGUUCAAUGGCAUUUGUUCAGGAAUGAAUUUAAAUUGGAAAACCAACCUCAUUGGACAGUCGUAUGAUGGCGCAGCAUCUAUGCGAGGGUCUUAUAAUGGUCUUCAGGCUUUGAUCAAACAGCAAAAUCCAAGUGCCACAUAUGUUUGGUGUUGGGCUCACCGUUUUAAUUUAGUUAUUGUAGAUGCGGUUUGUUGUUGCUCAGAAGCUCGAGAUCUUUUUGGUAAUUUAGAAAUUUUGUACACUUUUAUGGGAAGUAGUAAGAAACGUUCACAUUGCUUCACUAAACAUCAGAAAUUGAGAUAUCCAGGAAAACCUUUACGUAGACUUAAACGAGUUGAAACUACACGUUGGUCGUCUCAUUCAAGUGCACUUAAGACUGUAUUUUGUACUUAUGAAGCAAUAGUUGACGCUUUAGAUGAAUUAAAAAAUGAUUCUACAACGGAUAGAGUAUCAAGUAUUCAGGCUGGAGGAUUACUUCAUUAUUUGUUUCAAGAACGUUUUUUGUUGACUGCCUUAUGUUUUAAAAAUAUUUUUGAUACCACUAGUAUUUUAAGUAAAUGUCUUCAAAAUGUAGACAUUGAUUUAUUGGCUGCUAUAAAUUAUAUGCAAAAUAGUCUAGAAAAAAUUAAAAAGUUCCGAUGUGAUGAAGAAUUCAACAAACUACUAGAUGAAAAAGAAAAUUUCAUUGAAUCUAAAGAAUAUAUAGCAUUUAUUCCUUUACCUUCAAAACGUGUGCGCCGUGUAAAAAAUAUAGCUGGAGAAAUAUCUUCUGAUGAGCCAAUAAUUAAUCCAAUCCAAAAUUUUAAAAUUAAUGUCUAUUUUACAAUCAUAGAUAUUGUAUCAACACAAAUAUCAGAUCGAUUUAAUGAUUAUUCAGUUCCUUUAUUUAAAGAUUUAUCCCUGUUCUCACACAAAAGGCUUGAAGAAGUAGCUAAAACAUCUUAUAUCUCAGAUGAUGCAUUUAAAGCAUUUUGUGAUGUUUACGGUCAGUUUGUUGAUUUGGAUACAUUAAGAAAAGAAUAUAUUCAAUUUUCCAGUUACUAUUCUCAUUUUGAAAAAAUAAUGAUUUUACCACAAAAUCUACUCAAUGAUGCAUUACUAAAUGAAUUUGAAGAGGAAACUGAAGAAAGCGAUGAAGAGCCUAAUGUACCAAGUCAAAAUAAAAAGGAAGAAAAUUGUGAAUCAAUAGAAAAAAUUUUCAAAAUAUGUCGGUCGUUUGGUUUAAAAGAAAUCUUUCCUCACAUGUAUACUGCUUUAAGCAUAGCUGUGACGUUGCUAUCUAGUGCUUCUCCGGAACGUGCUUUUUCAAAGCUUAAAUUAAUUAAAAAUCGUUUACGAUCAACUAUGAAUGAAGAGAGACUUGAAGCAUUAAUGAUAACUUCUUGUGAAUUAAAUGUUCCUAUUGAUGUUGGAACUGUAAUUAAUAUGUUUGCAUCCAACAGUUCUGCACUGCAAAAUUGUUAUUGUAAUUUGUGUGAAAGUGGAUUUUCAACAAUGGUAACAAUGAAAACAAAAGCAAGAAACCGAAUAAACUUGGAACACGACCUAAGAUGUGCAUUGGCCGAAACUGAACCGAACAUUAAAGAAAUUGUUAGAAAAAAACAAUAUCAACCGUCUCAUUAA